AAACAGACCUCAUCAUAGCAAAAAAGAAAGGAAGAUUCUUUUUUUUGGGGGGAGGGGGUCAGUUUUUAGAACGACUUUAAACAGUAAAUUGGGGCAUCGUUGACGGAACACAAAGACUCCGAUCGUCGUUGUCGCUGGCUCUAAAAGUAGUCCACCAAUACUAUCAUGACUUGGCAGUUUGGAAGAAGGCUAUGGGAGAGGGAGAGGGAGAGGGAAAGGGAGAUGAAGGUCAAGAUCAUCAGACCCCUUUGGUUGAUUCUUCCAUCGACAGAACUGGGAACAUAUGGACCGGUGUGGCGCACAUAAUAACGGGAGUGAUAGGAUCAGGGGUACUAUCACUAGCAUGGAGCAUGUCUCAGUUGGGGUGGAUUGCAGGCCCAUUGGCUAUGCUGCUCUUUGCAUCAGUAACCUUUGUUUCUGCCUUCUCUCUCUGCCACUGUUACAGAUCACCCGAUCCAGAUUGCGGGCCCAAGAGAAAUCCCUCCUACCUGGAAGCUGUUCGGACGAUUUUAGGAAAGAGGAGCGCAGCAGUGUGUAGUGUCUUUCUAAGAUUAAAUUUUUUGAAGGUGGGCGUUGUAUAUACGAUUACGUCUGCUAUCAGCAUGAGAGCAAUUCAGAAAUCAAACUGUUACCACAAAGAAGGGCACAAAGCUGCUUGUGAAUAUGGAAGCACUUCUAAUUAUAUGCUUUUGUUUGGAAUUGUUCAAGCAUUAAUGUCUCAGAUACCCAAUUUCCGUAAUACAGAAUGGCUCUCAAUUGUCGCUGCAGCCAUGUCCUUCUCUUAUGCUUCCAUUGGAUCGGUACUUGGCCUAGCAAAAGUAAUCGGAGAUGGAAGCAUAAAGGGUAGCAUUGGAGGUGUACCGGCUUCUACUACUACUAAAAAAGUAUGGUUAGUGGCUCAAGCACUUGGGGACAUUGCUUUUGCCUUUCCAUUCUCCGUCAUUCUGAUUGAGAUACAGGACACUUUGAAGUCACCACCGCCAGAAAAGGUGACGAUGAAGAAGGCAUCAACCGCUGCAAUCAGUAUUACGACAUUUUUCUACCUCUGCUGUGCCGGGUUUGGCUAUGCGGCAUUUGGGAAUUCUACCCCUGGGAACCUCUUGACAGGAUUUGGAUUCUACGAGCCAUAUUGGCUCAUUGACUUUGCUAAUGCAUGCAUCAUUCUUCAUUUAGUUGGAGGAUAUCAGGUAUUCAGUCAACCCUUAUUUGCUGAUUUGGAAGGAUUGAUUGCUGAGAAAUUCCCCAACAGCAGAUUUAUAAACAAAAACUACAUUUUGAAAGUCCCACCAUUGCAUGCAUUUAGAUUAAAUCUUCUCAGGCUGUGUUUUCGAACCACUUAUGUUGCAUUAACCACCGGACUUGCAAUGCUCUUCCCUUACUUCAACCAAGUCGUUGGAGUGGCAGGGUCAUUGAACUUUUGGCCAUUGGUUGUAUUUUUCCCAACGCAAAUGUACAUCGUGCAGAAGAAUAUUGGACCUUGGACAAGAAAAUGGAUCGGGGUUCGCAUUUUUACCCUUGUUUGCUUGUGUGUGACAUUGUUUGCCUUGGUUGGAUCACUUGAAGGACUGAUAACAGCAAAGUUUGGCUAACGUAUGUAUUGUUUUUCUCUCUUCUUGAAUGGAAGAGUAUAAGAUAUCUUUGUAAUUGUAUGAUAUGUAAUAGUUUGUCCAAUUGAUUCAGCCAACUAAGAAGGUUACUGGGGUGUUUAGUGUGGAUUAUAGAGGGUGAUUAUAACUUAUUUUAAUUUGAGAAUUUGUGUCAGACUGUUUGGUACAGCUUCUAUUUACAACUUUUCAGGCAGAAAUAGUUUAAAUAAGUCAGGAAAAAUUGAU